GCGCGUUUCAUGGCGGCUUUGUUGCGGCGGCCGUGUGUGUUGCUGCGCGCUCUGUAGCUCUAUCUCGCGAGGAAUCGCCAUUACUUGUGAGUUGACAAAAAAUAAAUUCAGUAGUAGGUGUACACCUUGCACAAUGGAGCAGGACGCGUCGGCCAUCACGUGCAACAUCAGGGGCUGCCCGAACGAGUUCGGCCUGAGCGAUCCCUCGCACCUGCUGUACGUUUGCACGGCGGACGACAUCCAGUGCAAGGCAUGGCUGGCCGUCAUCCCAAAGGUCUCGCUCAGAGACGUGGGCGAGAGGCUAUGCGUGUGUUCGCUGCACUUCGCGGACGGCGUCAACGUGAGCGGCGACAUCGUGCCUACCAUCUUCCCGCCCGUGCCCGUCUCGGUGCCCGCCGCCACGGUCAGCGCGCCCACACCACCACCAGCGCCGAGCACGUCGCUCGUCGGCGAGCUAACCCUGGUCGGGCCGGCGGUGAAGAUUAAGGAGGAACCCGUUGACGACUAUGAGCAAGAGGCACAGGUAUCUCCUAAGAUGGAAGACAGUGAGCACUUUGACAGCGCUGGUGAACUUGAGAACGAUGAAUCAAGCAUGGACGUAGACCAGCCGGACAUGGGACUCAUCCCGGUUCAUGCGAUCAAGAGGGAGGUUGAAGACGAUUCGACCGAAGGUCUGACUUCCUCCUCGACGCAGGAAGUUCACGGCGACGACUCUGCCCAGAACGGCGAGGACGGACACUUCCUCCGGUUUGUCACCUCCUACACCGUCAAGGAGGAGGUCCCCGACGAGGAAGACGGCGUCGAAAUCGCAGCUCCCCCACCCAGCUCUGGCUGCGGAGUAGUAACACGCGAAGACUCGUCGUCGGCGUGCGCCUUCAAGAUUCAAGAGUUCGGCGAGAUCCCGGUGGACGAAAUAAAGACCGAAGAUGGGGUCACACCCACAUUUGUUCCACCGGCGAUUCCGUCUACGUCGUCGGUGAGAAUUAAGACGGAGCCGCCCGACGUCAUGGCAAACGGCCUCUCGCACGACCAGGGCUGCCAGGCAGGUGUCGGAGGCCACCCGUCUUCCGUCAUCCUGAUGCCGCCGGGACUCGUCAGCGAGCCUUCUUCGUCGGUGGCGACGGGCUCGACGGCGUUCGCGGCUAGCAGCAACGGUGUCCUGAUGGGUGAGACAGGCAUCGUGAUCUCAAAUGUGCAGUCGGUCUCGGGCACCAGUUCCCAGGAGUGUUUUGCCGAGGACGUGGUCCACUGCCCAAAGUGCAUCAACGGCGAGGCCAAGGAGAGGUGCGACAAGUCGACGUGCACGAACAUGCCGACACGCACCGUCUUCACGCAGACCGUGGAGCCAGAGAAGCGGACUGUCUGGACUCAGGUUGCGCAACUCGGGGAUCUGAAGAUGCUGAAACAUCGGGCCACGCAGACCGAUCCAUGGCUGGAACGUUCCCCACGGCUUCCCAAGGUUGUCCGCAAGAAACGAAGACUCGACGAGGACGACGCCGAUGCCGUCGACAAGCCCUGAGAGGUUAACCACCACUGUUGCCACUCUUGUAAGCUGGCAGGAUGUGCGUUUUAAUGCUUGUGGCAAAUAUGUGUGCACGCAUCACUUUCGUUGUUUUAUAUUUGUUUGGCUGUGCAUUGCCUCCCAGUUCUCAAAAAUAAAAGAAAUGCUAGUUGUGUGUUUAAUUGCGUGAAAAGUAUUGUCGCCUAACUGAGGAACUCGGACUUUAUUUCUUAAAGAUUACAACAUUGCUGGAAAUCUUAAGCAUCUAGAUCAGGCUGUCCUUUGAAAAGCAAUCUUGUCAGAUUACGUUUUCAAAGUCAUCGUUAAAGUGCACCUUCAACGGGGCACCUCUGCUCCUAGUGGUCAACCUUUUGACUGGGAAUUUCUAAAAAUACGGAAAUGGGGAAGGAUGCAAUACAUAAUGUUUUUCUGAAAAUCAGCAAUUUUCUAAUAAAAGAAUGCUUAAAUUUUUUGUUGCUACCGACUUUCGUAGCCCACAGACUGUGUGAAGCCAUAUUCUUCAGGCAGGGGCAGGAACAGUUUUACUGUGGCGUCACAACACUAAGAGAGCGGUUCCCUUCAUUAGUAGUCACAGUCGUCAUUAUACAGUUAGGGGAAUGCUCGUUUUGGUGCUGCACAAUCCAAUGCACGUUGCUCAUAGGGUAAAUAUACAUAGGUGAAACAUCCUUCUCAUCCCCGAAUUCCUCACAUCUUUUUGUUGAGGUUUCUGAAAAUGGCAGUCUAACAUAUUGUGUAGUCAUUUUAAUAACUGCUGCCAUCACGCAGCACACCACAGUAAUUUGCUUCAAAACUCUUGCGUGCAUUUUGGAAUAUGUGGCUGAUUCCGUUACAUACAUCAGACAUUAAAGAGCUUGUGUUAACUUUUUCGGACAAGUCAUAUACUUGUUCAUCUUAAGCAGGAAGCUUAUAUAACAGGACAGAGGCCUUAUCUGUGGCACAUGUUACUAAAAACUGUCAUUGUAUACUUUAGUUUGUCUGACCAAGAUUUAAGUAAACUCAAACAUUUUUUGUCAUGACACUUAAACAACUGAACUUUUGGGGCAGCAUUUCAGCUCUAGCACAUUGUCCUCAUUUCCUUGCUUGGGACUGGCUCAUGCGAACUUCCUGACACACUUUAACUGGUGCCAUUUUGCAAAGCGUUGAAUGAUUGUUUUCAUUUCUGUUGUCUUAGGUUGGUUACAUAAAAUGCUGAAAGAAAUGCAUGUUGAUGUAAAAGGAGGUGCAUGCACAGCCAGCUUUUUCAUUUUCCUUUUGAAACAGUAUAAAUAUUUUGUGUGGCAUGAAGCACAUUUCACAGGCACGUAUUUAUCGUUGCAGCACUAAGCUGUGUUACUAAAUGCAUCGUGUAUUUUGUCAGCCUGUCAAGUUGCUCCAUACCCUUGACGUCCUUCAGAGAGAGAGAGAGUGAUAAGCAUGUGGAUUCUAUCAUAGUCACUUGAGUGUGUGGAUUAUGUCUGGAAAUGAAUACGUUUGUUCAAUAAAUGUUUUUCCUCCUGGA